CGGCGGUAGCGGCCGGGGGCGGCGGCAGCGGCAGUGGCAGCGGCUGGGGAGGCGGCGGCCUGGCCUGGCCUGGCCUGUCAGGGCGCGGGCGGCGGCGGUCCAGCACCAUGUCCCUGCAGUACGGGGCAGAAGAGCCGCCCCUCGCCGGCAGUUACGGCGCGGCGGAUUCGUUCCCUAAGGACUUCGGCUACGGCGUGGAAGAAGAGGAAGAGGAGGCGGCGGCGGCGGGCGGCGGCGUCGGGGCGGGGGCUGGCGGCGGCUGUGGCCCGGGGGGCGCGGAGAGCUCCAAGCCGAGGAUACUGCUUAUGGGGCUGAGGCGCAGCGGCAAGUCCUCCAUCCAGAAGGUGGUGUUUCAUAAGAUGUCACCCAAUGAGACUCUUUUUUUGGAAAGUACCAACAAGAUUUAUAAAGACGACAUUUCCAAUAGCUCCUUUGUGAAUUUCCAGAUUUGGGAUUUUCCUGGGCAGAUGGACUUUUUUGACCCAACCUUUGAUUAUGAAAUGAUCUUCAGGGGAACAGGAGCAUUGAUAUAUGUCAUUGAUGCACAGGAUGACUACAUGGAGGCUUUAACAAGACUUCACAUAACUGUUUCUAAAGCCUACAAAGUUAACCCAGAUAUGAAUUUUGAGGUUUUUAUUCACAAAGUUGAUGGUCUGUCUGAUGAUCACAAAAUAGAAACACAGAGGGACAUACAUCAAAGGGCCAAUGAUGACCUUGCUGAUGCUGGGCUAGAAAAACUCCACCUUAGCUUUUAUUUGACUAGUAUCUAUGACCACUCAAUAUUUGAAGCCUUCAGCAAGGUGGUGCAGAAGCUCAUUCCACAACUGCCAACCUUGGAAAACCUAUUAAAUAUCUUCAUAUCAAAUUCAGGUAUUGAAAAAGCCUUUCUCUUUGAUGUUGUCAGCAAAAUCUACAUCGCAACCGACAGUUCUCCUGUGGAUAUGCAGUCUUAUGAACUUUGCUGUGAUAUGAUUGAUGUUGUAAUUGAUGUGUCUUGUAUAUACGGGCUAAAGGAAGAUGGAAGUGGAAGUGCUUAUGACAAGGAAUCCAUGGCAAUUAUCAAGCUGAAUAAUACAACUGUCCUUUAUUUAAAGGAAGUGACUAAAUUUUUGGCACUGGUCUGCAUUCUUAGGGAAGAGAGCUUUGAACGAAAAGGUCUGAUAGAUUACAACUUCCACUGCUUCCGAAAAGCUAUUCAUGAGGUUUUUGAAGUGGGUGUGACUUCUCACAGGAGCUGUGUUCACCAGAGCAGUGUCCCCAGCCUGAAAGCAUUGGCACACAAUGGCACACCACGGAAUGCCAUCUAGUCUGAAUCUCAGCAGCUGAGGCUUGGUGCCAGCUUACUCCUCACUCCAGGUUCAGAUGCCACAUGCUACAGGACAUGGGAGCUGCUGCUUGUGGGAGCCUAAUGCCUGUCUCACUAUAGACGAGGCAUAGAGUGUCUUAUUUGGAUGAAAACCUUUUUUCAGUCGGCAGUGUACAACUGAAGCUACUAUUCCUUCCUUCCUUCCUUCCUUCCUUCCUUCCUUCCUUCCUUCCUUCCUUCCUUCCUUCCUUCCUUCCUUCCUUCCUUCCUGUCCUUCCUUCAUCCUUUUAAAAAAUUUUUUAAUUUUUUAUUCUUUGAGGCCUCAGAACUCAAAUAGGUCUUUCUUUUUUUGGUCCUACUUCAAGUAAUUGGAUAUUUUGGACCUGGAGAUAACACCAGUUACCUAUCCUUUUCAGGGAAUACUGCUGUCAAUUCCAGCUGAAAAUAAUAGAAAAAAACCCUGAAUUUUAUGUGCUUCCCUUAAGUUUUUCAUUUAAUUAGUUCCUAAAAACCCUGCUUUGCUUACCUUCUAACACUGCCUCUCAGAUCUCAGUAUAUGUAAGACCUUUUAAAUUCAUUCACUUGCUCACUCAGAAGAUGCGUCAUCUGAAGCAAAGGACAUUCCUGUAUUUGUGAGGAAGGAAUGAGAGGAGAUUUCUGUGCCGCAUCGGGUGGAGAGCAAGGCUCAGCACUGGCUGCAUUGGUUCUCCUGGAAGUGUUGAGAAAAAACUUUGAAACAAGAAAAUUUUUGCACCUGUGUUUUGGGUACCAGAUGUGUGGGUUCUCCUGCACUUGAUAAGUGACCAUUCACAAUGUAAACAAAGGGAAUUUAAGACAAAGUAGUUUUCCCACAGUCCUCUUAUAGGGGAGAAACUCAUGUCCCUGAAAUAUUCAGCCCAUUUUCUUUUAACCUUGAUAGCAACUUCUGCAUCCCUUCAUUGUGAGCUAUCUAGAUUAUUUUAAGAACUGCUGUUUGUUGACCAGGAAUGGCCCUAUGGCACUGGUGGACUGUCACUGGGGUUGGAGAGAGUGUGGUGCCACAACUUGUGUUGUUUUACACUUUGUCUCCAGUAUUUUGACACCACGUGUCAACAACUGGUACUUCGUUUGCCUAGAGUUUGAAUUCAAUAACUGUUCCUUUUUGUUGAUGGUUGAUACCCCCUCCAUUGAUUUAAACUUAAACACAUUAUUUUUAUUCCACCUGCUCAGUCAUGUAUAUUCCAAAGCCACUGGACCACUUGAGUACAUAAGUGCCACUGUUGAAUGAGAUCUAUAUAUUCAGGUCUGUAACCUAACAGUGUGACUUGGAGUGCUUCCUGCAAAUGACUCUGACUGUUGAGUAUUUACAUGGACCAUAGUGAUAUCCAGAAGAAAAAUGCUUUUAUAUUUAUAGAUUAUUUCAUUGAACUAUAUAUAAAUUGGGUAUCAAUAAAUGUAUUUACUCCAAAA